GUCCCGAGCAUGCUGCGGUGCAGACCAAGCCGACGACUGGCAGCGCCAUGGCCGCUCGCCCGCGCCUUCUGCAGCGCCGCGCCGCCACGUGACGGCUGCCUCGUCGCUUCGCAGAAGGUCGGCCACAAGCAGCUCGACUUUAUCGCGCUCGGUGAUGCCAAGCAGCUCCACCUGCAGUUGCCGCCGCCGGGCUCGCCGACCACGGACGUCCUUCGCCGCGCGCAGCAGCUUCCGCACUACCUCGAAGACCUCUUUUUGCCGCGCGACUACAAAACGUCGACGACGCACGACUAUUUGCCAUACGCCAAGUGGCAGUUUGUCGGCAGCGUCGCUGGCACGGCGUGCGGCGUGCUCUCGAUGCAGUCACUGCUGUACGCGAUCGGGCUCCAAAGUGGCGCGAUCCCGAUGGCCGCGGCCUUGAACUGGGUCAUCAAGGACGGCCUCGGGCAAUUCGGCGGUGUCCUUUUCGCGAGUCUGGUCAACCACCGCUUCGACUCGGACCCCAAGCGCUGGCGCGUCGUCUCGGCGCUUGCCAUGGAUGCUGCGACGCUCACUGAGAUCCUCACGCCACUCUGCCCCGCCUACUUUUUGCCGAUGGCAGCCAUGGCCAAUGUCGCCAAGAACAUCUCGUGGCUCUCGGCCAGCGCGACCCGCGCCGGCUUUCACUACUCGUUCGCCAAGACCGAGAACCUCGCCGACAUCACCGCCAAGGCCGGGUCGCAAUCGAUCGCGUCUUCGAUCCUCGGCACGGCGCUUGGCAUUGCGAUCUCGCCCAUCAUCGGUACGACCACGUCGCACGUGGCCGGCGCCUUCUUUGUGCUCUCGUCCAUCAACCUCUGGUCGCUCUACAACAGCCUCCGCGUCGUCUCCCUACGCACCCUCAACCAGCAGCGGUUGAACCACAUCCUCGAUGCGUUCAUUGCGAAUGCAGCGAUCCCGACGCCGGACGUUGUGAGCCAGCAGGAGCGGUUCGUCUCCAACUUGCUCUCGGGCAAGGCGUGCCAUCUGCAGCACUCGCAUCUCGACGUGGCGUCCCGCCUCGACGCCGUGUACACGCCGUCGACGGUCAUUUGGCCAGGCGAGAAGUACCUCUUGCACGUCGACGUCGAUGCGACGACGUCCCAUGCGACCGUCCACUUGCUCAUGGAGGCGUCGGCGACCUCGGACGAGGUGUUGGCCGCGCACCUCCACGCCCGGCUCUUCCAGAAUUUGUACGAAGCGACGCCCGGCGCUCAUACGACACCAAUGCUCCACGCCAGCUACGCGACAGCGUCGGCGCAGCGCCGCUCCUAUCUCGACGCCAUGAACGCAAGCGCGUGGCACUGCGAGAACCUCUUGGUCGAAGAGACACCGGCGCGGUAUACCUUGCACAACUAACAUCUCACUUAUGCAACAUCGAAAGUCGGGUUGAUGGUUAGCUUAGUAAUUUGGCUUAACAGGACACAGUCGUUGUCCAUGGAGCGAUCAGUGUCAUCGUGUAGCCACCGUGGCCACAGAGCACGAGGUACCCGAGUGCUUCAAGGGACUUCAACA